AUGUAUGAUAAGUUGUCCAAAUGCGAGUUCUGGAAGGAGGAAGUGAAGUUCUUAGGUCACGUGAUGAGUAAAGGUGGAAUAGCCGUAGAUCCUUUGAAAGUAGAGGCGGUGAUGGAAUGGGAAAGACCGAUGAUGGUAACAGAGGUUAGGAGCUUUUUGGGGUUAGCUGGAUAUUACAGAAGGUUUAUUCACAGGUUCUCACAAAUCGCACUACCAAUGACUAAGUUAACAAGGAAAGAGAUACCGUUCGUGUGGACGGCAGAGUGUGAGGAGAGUUUUCAGACUUUGAAACAAAAGUUAACUUCAGUGCCAAUUUUAAUUCUACCUGAACCACAUGAACUGUUUGAAGUGUACUGUGAUGCUUCUUUGAAGGCUUGGAUAAGGAUUAAUGAAGAGGAGUUAGUAGAUAAGUUUGCGGAACUUAAGUUAGGUCUUGGUGAAGUUGAAGGGGAAGCUUGUUUGAACCAAUUGUGCAUUUCAAGUACUUUUAAGUCAGAAAUUCAGAGGGCUCAGCAAAGUGAGUAA